UAUGAUAUGCAGUCUGCAGCACAUGACAUUCAACCGCUAUACAUGUCACGAGUAAUUUGAGUUAUUUUUUUCUGUGGCGGGUCUUAUAUCCUAGUUUAAAAUUAACUAUUUUAAAAUUUGUUCUAUUUUGUCACACCCCAUGGCCAGUGCAAGCGGUUUGCGCGCUCGAGUUCCAGCAGCUAGCCAAAGUGAAGCUUCCAGGCGGCAGGGUGAUUCUGCCGAUCAAACACCGCUGUUAGACGAGGAAGCUGUAUUGUCGAAACACCAGAUGAUGGAGGAGAAGACCCUGGAGAUCGAGUUGGAACACGUCGAAGUCGAAAAGAAAGAGAAGGAACGGCUGUGCUUUCGUGAUGGCAAGAGGUUGAUCGACUAUGUGAUUGUGUACGAGACGCCGUCGAACGAAGACGAUUUGAAAGAAAACGCGAAAGAAGAGCUAAGCGAAAAAGCAGAAAAACGGGAAAAAUUUCGGCAAAAUCUACUAGAGGCUGGACUUGAGAUCGAGUACGAGGAGGAGGUUACGACCAAGGAUGACAAGACAAAGACUCAUUUCUGGAAAAUUCAUGCUCCAUGGGACACUUUGAGCAAGACUGCAGAGGACAUCAUGAUGAAGAUGCCUAUAAAGGAAAGUGACAUCCAGACCAAAAACUGGUACGAAAAACACGUUGGGCAAGGCAUACGAGACAUGAUUGCUCGCAACAACCCGUUCGAAAUUCAAGACCCCUCCAUCAUCAGAAGCCGCAAUUACUUCAUGGGCUACUUUAAGAGGGAUCGCUUAGAAAUUUAUGUCGGUCACCAAAACAAGGACACGUUCUUCAGCCAAACAGAGCGAAGCCGCAUGGUGGAACAAAUCUGCAGCAAAGUGAGAUUCAGUGAGGAGAGAUAUGACGUCGGGGUCAGGAGGCUGAUCCAUGAUCAGUGCAUUACAGCAGCGUACCCGCUCCAUCCCGGUUCCGAAGAAAGUCCCGAGGGCGAACCGCCCACUAACGACAGGCAGCGUUUGAGACGUGACUGGGCGCGGUUUGGACGCUGGUUCAAGUUUCAACCAUACGACGCCAUCAAGGAUUAUUUUGGCACUGAAAUUGGCUUGUACUUCUCCUGGCUUGGUUUUUACACCAUCAUGCUGAUCCCUGCUGCUAUUUUUGGGCUCGUUGUCUUCUUGUACGGCAUCAUCAACGCACGCAGCUUCCAGCCUGUGAUAGAUGUGUGUAACAAGUCAAACGAGAAAAUCUUUUACAUGUGCCCUCUGUGUGAUGCUCAGUGCCCUUACUGGUCGCUGAUUUCAAGUUGCUACUACUCCAUUGCAACCCACGCGUUCGAUAACGAUUCCACGGUGGUCUUCGCCGUCUUCAUGUCGGUUUGGGCGACGGUUUUUCUGGAGUUCUGGAAGCGUCGUCAAGCUGUCCUUGCCUACAAAUGGCACAUGAUGCAUUUUGAAGAUGUCGAGGAGCAGUUUCGCCCGGAGUUUGUCGCCACUGCGCCAACCUGGCGGAGGGAUCCCAUCACAGGCAAGAUGGUCCCCCACAUUCCCAAGAUGACUCGAUACCAGAGGUUCGCCGGGGUGGGGAGCGCCAUCUCGUUCAUGAUACUCCUAGUAAUCGCAGCUGUGGUGGGCGUGGUCGUGUACAGGGCCUCGGUGUAUGGAUCUUUAGUGGGUAGUUCCUCGCCAUCUACACGCAGUAAUGCCAAGUUUAUCACUAGUGUAACGGCAGCCUUGUUGAACUUGGUUUUCAUCAACCUGUUAAAGUUCUUCUAUGAGAAACUGGCGUUGUGGCUGACGAAUUGGGAAAACCCGCGAACAGAAACCGAUUACCAGGACAGCUUUACCUACAAGAUGUUCCUGUUCCAGUUCGUCAACACUUAUUCAUCCAUUUUCUACAUCGCCUUCUUCAAGUUGAAUCUGGUGAUAGGUACACCGGGCAACUAUCGGCGAUUUGGAGGCAGUGGAGGAUAUCGACUGGACGGCUGUGGAGCUGCGGGCUGUAUGAUUGAUCUCUGCAUUCAGUUGGCGAUUAUCAUGAUCGGCCAGCAGGUCAUUGGCAACGUCACUGAAGUAGCUAUCCCCGGGCUGAUGAAGUGGUGGAAGCUGCGCCAAGCCAUGAAGGAAGCAAUGGAGAUUCCUCAGUGGGAAGAAGAUUACAAACUGAGCGCUCUGCCUGAUCAUCACAUGUUUUGGGAAUACUUGGAAGUUGUGUUACAGUUCGGUUUUGUGACCAUGUUUGUAGCUGCCUUUCCUCUCGCCCCUCUGUUCGCGUUGCUUAACAGCGCUUUGGAGCUGCGGGUUGACGCUGUAAACUUUGUCUGCCAAUUUCGUCGCCCCAUCGCCAAGCGUGCUCAAGACAUCGGCGCCUGGUAUCGCAUCAUGGAAGCCAUUGCAAGCCUGUCAGUCCUGGUAAACGCAUUUGUGAUUGCGUUCACUUCAGACUUUAUCCCCAGAAUCGUUUACAGAUAUUCCUACACAACGGACAACACGCUUGUGGGUUACGUGGAAAACCGUUUGUCCUACUUCAACAUAUCAGACUUUGAUACCUACGAUUUGAGAGGCAAACCCGAAGAUAAAUACGCGUAUCAAGUGUUGAACUAUACCAGUGAGUACUGUAGGUAAGUGAACGUUUACUGUACUCUAAGCUACCGCCAUAACUUACGACGGUAAGUAGGCUAAAAACAGUCUUGCGCAGGAGGCGUCUACGAGUUGCCGAUCGAGGGAGGGAGGAAG